CAAAGCCAUGAUGUAAUGGUGUAUGUUAAUCAGUAGCAUGUGGGGAGCUCGACUCGGUCUCGGUCGGCCCCAGUCCUCACUGAGCUGACACAGGAGGCGGCAUUAGUGGCUGCAGCGGCGGCAGCCGAGACACUGCCGCAACCACCACCUCCCCCGCCCCUCGCCGCCAGUACCCUAGCAUUCGGGGAACGCGGCCCCGAACCCGGCCACGGGGAUGGCCCACAUCCGCCGGCCUCUGGGUUUCCUACUCUUCUGAGAACUGCUGCCUGCCCCGGAACCCGCGGUGCGGGAGUGCCAGUCCGCAGACAUGAGCGGGGCAGAGUUGUGAACCCUGGGAAUUCGGGUGUGAAGGGUCUGACCUGUUGCCCGGAGGAGAAGAGAGCUGGAAACGUCUGAAACCCCUGGCUGGGCGAGAGGGAAAAAAAAAAAAAAAAGAUCUGUAUGUGUGCCUUGUGGAGAUUUUUUCCCCCAUAUUAUUAAAGAAAAAUUCCUGUGCUACCGUCAUCCUUGUUGAGGAAAACAGCAAGAAUCAUCGAAACGUAACUGAAGGAAGAAGAGAGAAGGGAACAUAAUCUGCAAAAUCUAUGCACCAAAGGCGAUUUUCCCCCUAAAAAGACGUUAUUCUAGUGAUCAUUGAGGUUGCAACUACAGUAAACUUUGGGGUGGGGGCAGGGUGGGAGAGGAAUUUCUAUUUAUUUCCCUCGUCUCUCCCACUGAGACCCCCCCCCCCCCCCCCAAUCAUGAUGUUUCGAGAUCAGGUCGGAGUGCUGGCAGGUUGGUUUAAAGGCUGGAAUGAAUGUGAACAGACUGUUGCUUUGCUGUCCCUUUUAAAGCGGGUGAGCAGGACCCAGGCACGCUUUCUUCAGAUCUGCCUGGAGCAUUCCCUGGCGGACUGCACCGAGCUUCACAUUCUUGAAGGAGAAGCCAAUAACCCCGGAAUCAUUAACCAAUGGCAGCAGGAAUCCAAGGAUAAAGUGAUUUCCCUCUUAUUAACUCACCUGCCUUUGCUGAAGCCAGGCAACAUUGAAGCAAAAGUUGAGUACAUGAAACUGCUGCCUAAAAUCCUGGCUCACUCCAUCGAACAUAACCAGCAUAUAGAAGAAAGCAGGCAACUCCUAUCUUAUGCUUUGAUACACCCGGCCACUUCACUGGAAGACCGGAGUGCUCUAGCCAUGUGGUUGAAUCACUUAGAGGAUCGCACGUCAGGGAACUUCAGCAGUCAGAAUAGAGGUCGGUCUGAUUCUGUGGAUUAUGGGCAGACACACUAUUAUCACCAAAGACAAAACUCUGACGAUAAGCUCAAUGGAUGGCAGAACUCUCGGGAUUCUGGGAUAUGCAUCAGUGCCUCCAACUGGCAGGACAAAAACCUGAGCUGUGAGAAUGGCCAUCUGCCCCUCUACUCUUCUUCUUCAGUCCCCACCACAAUCAAUACUAUUGGGACUAGCAGCAGCAGCACAAUUCCGUGCCAGGCACAUCACAGCCCUUUGAAACGAUCUGUAUCCCUUACCCCACCCAUGAAUGUGCCAAACCAGCCUCUAGGACAUGGAUGGAUGUCUCAUGAGGACUUACGUGCUAGAGGACCCCAGUGCAUCCCAUCCGAUCAUGCCCCCCUGUCUCCACAAAGCAGUGUAGCCUCUUCAGGAAGUGGUGGGAGUGAACACUUAGAAGAUCAGACUACUGCUCGUAACACAUUCCAAGAAGAAGGUAGUGGUAUGAAAGACGUUCCUGCCUGGUUAAAAAGCCUCCGCCUACACAAAUAUGCUGCGCUUUUCUCCCAGAUGACCUAUGAGGAAAUGAUGGCUCUCACAGAAUGCCAGCUAGAGGCUCAGAAUGUUACCAAAGGCGCAAGACACAAAAUUGUCAUCAGUAUCCAGAAGCUUAAGGAGAGACAGAACCUACUAAAGUCUUUAGAAAGGGACAUCUUAGAAGGGGGCAACCUACGUGUCCCAUUGCAAGAAUUACAUCAGAUGAUCCUUACUCCAAUAAAAGCAUACUGCUCCCAGAGCUCUAACACAGAGGAACACAGCCAGGAGUCAGAGCCUCGUCAUCAGCCUACUCUGAUUGGUUCUGAUAACCAGGCUCUUGAGUGUAAAGACUCUGCAGCAGGAGGUGGAAUCCAACAGCAUCACUUGAGUGGCUGUGAGGGAGAAUCUGCAGGGGCCCCUCUGCCCGAAGGUGAUCUCCCUGGACAGUUCACAAGAGUCAUGGGAAAAGUGUGUACACAGCUCCUGGUCUCUAGACCUGAUGAGGAAAAUAUAAGUUCCUACUUACAACUCAUAGACAAGUGUCUAAUUCAUGAGGCAUUUACAGAGACACAGAAAAAAAGAUUGUUGUCAUGGAAACAGCAGGUGCAGAAGCUCUUUCGGUCUUUCCCUCGGAAAACCCUUCUAGACAUAUCAGGAUAUCGACAGCAAAGAAAUCGAGGUUUUGGGCAGUCAAACUCCUUACCAACAGCAGGCUCUGUAGGUGGUGGCAUGGGCAGGAGGAACCCACGCCAGUACCAGAUCCCUUCGAGGAAUCUUCCGUCAGCCCGACUUGGACUGUUGGGUACCAGUGGGUUCAUCAGCUCUACCCAGCGUAGUGCGGCAACUAAUCCCACCAUCCUAAAACAAGGAAGACAGAAUCUUUGGUUUGCCAACCCUGGGGGCAGCAACAGCAUGCCAAGUCGAACUCACAGCUCAGUCCAAAGGACUCGUUCCCUGCCUGUUCACUCAUCCCCACAGACCAUGCUGAUGUUCCAACAGCAAGAGUUCCAGGUUCCAGUGACAGAACCUGACAUCAACAACAGGCUAGAAUCCUUGUGCCUCAGUAUGACUGAACACGCCCUUGGGGAUGGGGUUGACCGAACCUCCACUAUCUAGAAACUGAAGGAGUUAGUGACCGCGCUGGCCGUGAAAUCGACUGCUGCGGGUCCAGUGUCAGCCAUCUUCAGACUUGCACAGGAUCCUCUGAGAUACUUUGCAACCUUUUUUUUUUCCUGGUCCCUCUCCCAUUUUGAUUUUGUGAGAGCGUAGGUCGUCCUUGUAAACAUAUCAUUAGACCCGGGAUUGGUUAUUUUGUCGUUUAUUACAUCAAGAGAAGAACAUCAAUUAGAAUGGGUUGGUAGAAGUGUGGAGGAGGAGGGAGGAGGGUCCACAGGGGAGGAGAAAGGGGUAGGGAAAGAAACAAGCAAUUUCCCAGAUGAAAUAAUGAACAGUUCCAACAGCAAGAAAAGAAAUAUAAGGAACGUGUCAUUGGGAAACAGAAGACCCUGUCCCCAGGGGGAGUCCCUGUAGAGAAGAGAGCCUGGCUUCAAAAUCAGUCAAGAUGCAUGUGACCAAAGCAAGGUGGCAUCUCACAGCUUCACCUUUCAUGCCUCUCAUUGAUUGGCUUUUCCUGAGGAGGCUCCAGCCUGAACCAGAGAUGUAGAGUCCCUCAGGAAAGGGGGUUAAAAGGGGAGACAUUUUCCUCCAACUAAAUUUCAGAUAAACUUCAAUUUGUGUAUUGUUUACAUAAUAACAAAUCUAAAGGGUACAUAAUAUGUAAAGAUGUCAGUUAGGGCUUCUCAUAUUGUUGUAAAGGAUUUUUAUUCUUGAUGAUGAUGUGGGUUGUUUUUCUCUCUGUUCAUUUUUAAAAUAGCAGCAGGAUUGCAUUUUUAUAAAUGGCUGCCAAGCUCUGCUUCUAGGAAAGAUGGACACUGGCAUGUAGAACUGAUGGGGGGAAGGGGGUUGUUUUUGAUUUUUUUUAACUUUUAAGUGCAGAGAUAUAGGUUGAUGAGAAGGCUGGGGAUGUAGUUUGAAGGGAUGGCAAUGUGGAUGAUGAAAAAAUGGUGCGUCAUGUGAUCGAUGUUAUGGAUUCUCUCAUUUCACAAGAUGAUUUCUAAAAGAUGCUGCACCCUUACUGUCAUGGAUCUGCUUCUUCCUUCUAUUCACUAGGCCCCAUCUGAUCAAUCUCCUAUUAUAUAGAAUGUAAUAGGAGUUUGAUAUAUAAUAUAUAUAUUAUAUAUAUAAAAUAUCCCUUAACCCCUAACCCUACCCCCUCCACACACACACAAAUCACACACAAAUUCUCUAUAGGCUAUUUAUUAGCUUAAAGAAAAUAUCUCUGACUCUCAAAAGUGACAUUCACCUAAGGAGGGAAGUGAAAAAGAGAAUUUGUACUUUCCCUAUGGACAUACCAUGAACAUGUAGAAAAAGAACAUAUUUGCUAAGGAUGAAGAAAUCUAGCUUGAGUGAUGGGACACAAGCCCUGUAGUUAGUGAUCCCUUCACUCGGUCACUGCUGAUGAAGAAAAAGGACUUUGAGCCAUUGGAGAAUGGCACAAAUUGGCUGCUGGAUGAAGGGUGCAAAUGGGGACAGGCUAUCCAUCAUUUUCAAAGAAGGUCUUAAGGAAAAAAAGCUGCCUGUGCUUCCCUUUUCCAUACUUACAGGCACAGAAUCCCCUGCUUUUGUGAUGUUGUCCAAGGUAGGGAUGGAAGUGGGAAGGGACUAAUAUAUAGAAGAGAGAAAUUAUAAUGAAUACCUCUAGGGGGUAGCAAGGUUUAAAUCAGGGAUUUGCCAUGUUGCUGCUUGAUCUCUCCACACACACUUAGAAGAAAGAUGUCAUUACAUAGUGAUGGCAUCAUAAAGAUUGGUACCCUUUCUUAAGGACAAGAAAGUUAAGAGAUUUUGGUACUGGGAAAAAAUGCAUUAAGGAAAUCAAACAGGAGUGGAGCUCUGUACUAGAAAGCUAGACUAUGAUAUGAAUAUAUAGCCAAAGGGAAUGAUGGCAUUAAAGCCAGUUCAUUAGAGGGGUCGGAUGAUAUUUUGAUGAUGUUAAAAAUCUGAAUUAACUGAAAGAAAUAUUAGGCUAAGGGAAACACUGUAUUAUGUUCAGCUGUUUUUAAAUAUGUUAACCAAGUUAGCACACAAGAAAGGGCCUUCUUUAUUGCCAGUCUAAAAAAGUACCAUCUCCAUAGUGAAAAAAGCUGGUUUCUAUUUUGUGAAAGAGUUAAGUCACCUUCGUGACACUGGAGACUGGCCUUCUAGGGCACUGUUGUAAACAUUGUUUCAUGUACUCAUAUGUCAGAAAAAAGAAUGGGCCUAACAUUUGGUGUCCCCAAUUUAACGAUCCAACUCCAUGUGCAGAAAGAGGCAGCAUUUUUAGUAAAUAUUCUUUCAUGUUGUUAUGGUCUUUAACCAAGGAAAUGUCAUGAUACCAUAUUCGUGGCUUUUGCUGUAUAUGUUUGUGGUAUGUGCGUGUGUGUGUGUGUG